GCUUUAUUGAAAUACUUAAUAUACUUCAAAAGAGGUUAUUAGAAAGAUGAACAACUUUAGCCCACUUGCAAAGAUUUUGGAUGAGAAUCGUCUCAAAGAACCACCAAUUAUGCUUGAACCAGGUGUGGAUGAUAAUGCUCAAGAAGCUUACCAAUUAUGGUUUGAUCAUGAUUCCUUAGCUAAGUGUUAUAUAUUAGCAUCUCUUGAGAAUAGGCUUCAGAAGCAACAUGAGAAAAUGGCUACUGUUAAGGAUAUAACGGCAAGCUUGAAAAAGAUGUUUGGACAACAAAAUUCUACAAGACAAUUUGCUAUGAAAAGGCUUAUGUCCACCAAGAUGACUGAAGGAACUCCAGUACAUGACGAUGUCAUGACGAUGAUAGGCUUUAUUAAUAAACUGGAUUCUCUUGGGUCUAAGAUGGACAAUGAGACGAAGAUAGAUGCGAUCUUAUCUUCACUACCAGAUUCAUUUAAUCAAUUCGUUUUGAAUUUUAAUAUGAAUAUGAUGGUAGUAACCCUUUAUAAGCUUUGUAAUAUGUUGCAAAGAGUUGAGGAACUAAUUAAGAAAGAGAAGCUUGUAAUUAUGAUAAUAGAAAAAGGAAAGUCCUUAAAGCCUAAGUAUAAAAACAAGAAAAGGAACUUUGGGAAUAACAAAGGUUUUAAACAAAUCCCUAAAGGCACUGCUAAAAAGGUGAAAAGGGAUAAAUCAGAAGAUGCUUGUCACUUCUGCGGAAAGAAAGGUCAUUGGAAAUGAAAUUGUCACCAAUACUUAGCUUCACUUAAGAAACCUUCAAAAGGUAUGUUAAUAAAUUUACUCAUUGUUGAAACCAAUUUGUUCGAUGGAAAUGAGAAUUCUUGGUGUAUUGAUUUUGGUGCAACCUCUCAUGUUUGUAAUACAUUGCAUGGUUUUCAAGAAACCAGAAGGUUGAAUGAAAGGGAAAUCAAUUU